CCGCGGCGUCUUGUGAGGGCUCCUGUGUUUAUCUCUGGGCUUCAUGGAGCUGUACGUGCGCGGUGUGACGGUGAGGAGGGGGUAGACGGCGAGGCCCGCUUCACAGCCUGCUAGUGGCCGCACCUGUGGGCAGGUCAUGUCGGGGGGCACUAGGGUCCCAGUUAUCCCAAACAUGAGGCGUUUGGACAAGGUUGGUCAUUUCUACAGCCUGAGAUGUGAAAGGUGCAGUUGAUGCAAGUACAUCAGUUCAUUCAUAUUUUCAUACACCAUGCCACAUGGAAGACUGAGUUUUUCCCGUGAUGGGCUGUGGGACAAGCAAAGUGCUUCCCGAACCUCCAAAGAACAUCCAGUUGGAUUUAGUCAAAAAAGUCGAACCAUUCCUAGCCCCAAAGAAUGACCAAUACAAGCAUUUCAUUACAGACCAUGGGCGAAUUGACGCUAAAGGGGCCUCCCCGGCUCCUCCGUACGCAAAUGGCCACCCACACAGUCACUCUGAGACCGCUGAUCCCCGGAGACACAAAGUAGCGAAGUACAGAGCUAAGUUUGAUCCACGAGUAACCGCAAAAUAUGACAUUAAAGCCCUCAUUGGUCGGGGAAGCUUCAGCCGUGUGGUAAGAGUGGAGCACAAGGCCUCCAAGCAGCCGUACGCUAUUAAAAUGAUUGAAACAAAAUACAGAGAGGGCAGGGAGGUCUGCGAGUCUGAACUUAGUGUCCUGAGGAGAGUGCGACAUACAAAUAUCAUCCAGCUUAUUGAAGUCUUUGAGACACAGGAAAGAGUCUAUAUGGUCAUGGAACUGGCAACAGGGGGCGAACUUUUUGACCGAAUUAUCGCCAAGGGUUCCUUCACGGAGAGGGACGCCACUCAUGUACUGCAGAUGGUAUUGGAAGGGGUGAAAUAUUUGCACACUCUUGGGAUCACACACAGAGACCUGAAACCAGAAAAUCUGCUGUAUUAUCACCCAGGGACAGACUCCAAAAUUAUGAUCACAGAUUUUGGUCUUGCAAGUGCUCGAAAAAAAGGGGAUGACUGCUUGAUGAAGACUACCUGUGGAACCCCGGAAUACAUCGCCCCGGAAAUUCUCGUAAGGAAACCGUAUACAAACUCUGUGGACAUGUGGGCACUAGGAGUCAUAUCCUAUAUUCUGUUGAGUGGCACUAUGCCGUUUGAGGAUGACAAUAGAACACGUCUGUACCGCCAGAUUUUAAAGGGAAAAUACAGCUACUCUGGUGAGCCAUGGCCUAGUGUUUCAAAUCUGGCAAAAGACUUUAUUGACCGUCUGCUUAUGGUGGAGCCAUCUGAGAGAAUGACUGCGACCCAGGCACUUAAACAUCCCUGGGUAGUAAGUAUGGCGGCAUCUUCCUCUAUGAAAAAUCUGCACAGGUCCAUCUCUCAAAACCUCCUCAAGCGCGCUUCAUCCCGCUGUCAGAGUACAAAGUCUGCACAGUCUGUUCGUUCCAGUCGAUCCACGAAGUCAACAAAGUCUCGGCGCGUGAGAGAACGAGAAUUGCGAGAACUCAAUCUGCGCUACCAGCAGCACUACUAUGGCUGAGCACAUGGUGCAAAAGUUACAGUGGAAUUUCCAGUGCCUUUUUUAUUUUUUUUGUGGACCAAAUGUUCCUGAACGUGCCCCAGUAUAUUGCUUCUUAACAUCAGAGCUGUGCAGGAAAAUAUAGUUCACAGGCUGCAUCUCUUAACCUGUUACACCUCCGAAAUCUCCCGAAAAUAUGGCCUUCAAAAGUUGGGCGUCUGCAGUAAGUAUUUCGGUACUGUGGCUACCAAGUUCCUGGAGCACUUGCUCUGUCAAGCAUCAUGUAAUGAAUGUUUAAAGAAACAUUUGAGCAGCCAGUUGUGAAUUUUUGAAUCAAAGCAUUUCUUCUGGAGCUCUGCCAGUGUCAAAAACCAACAUAAUAUUAGUCCUCCGCAGUAAAUGAAGUAGACUACACCACUUUUCCGCCAUGUUAACAUCUAUCAGUUGUACGGUCAGUUUGGUGGAAAGGAAAGAUCUGUCAGUUCUCUCGUAGAAAUUCUAUCAAAUGCUUGACAGGCAUUUUAAAAAAGUAGUCCUAGAUUUCGAUACUGAUGGCUUAUAGGUCCUUCCGUAUCUGAUUGGUGGGGGUAUGACUCCCGGCACCCCUGCUGAUCAGCUGUAUGAAGAGGUGUGGUGUUUCAGUGAGCAGAAUGGUCUCUUCCUAGGCCAGUGACGUCACGCUCAUUGGUCACCCGGCCUAGACACCGCUCAGUCCUAUUCAGUUGUUAUGCAGUGUGUGCUUGGUGUGAUCAGUCAGCAGUGCUCACUGGAGUGCCACCACCUCUUGGAAACAUCUGAUCAUCAGGGGUGUUAGGAGUCAGGUCCCCGCCAAUCGGAUACUGAUAUCCUCUUGUGAAGAUACACUAUCAAAAUGUUGGACAACCCCUUUUAAUAAAGUCUAUUUUCACAUCAUUUCUGUGCCGUUUGUAAAAUCCGGACCAAAGAGAAAUUUUGUAUAAACUAUGCAAAGAAAAAACAAUGCUGCAGACUGCAUACUUUUUAGCCAUUUCUAUAAAACACCACAGAGCUGUUUUACUUGUGUAUUAUACGUUUCAGUUCAUUUUUAUGUUUUUUGUUUGUUUUUUCUUCCCCAUUUAAUGUGGUCAUGUACAAAAUACUGAACCGUUUUCUGCCAGUUUACCCUUUUUGAUUCAGGAGAUCGUCUAGAUUUGCUGGAACUGGACAACAGAAUUUUUAUUACAGUAUCUGUAACAUUAUUUUGCCACUAUUAUUGACCUGGAAGUUUUGGAUGAGUUGGAUUUAAAGAAGUUUUGGGGAUUUUGAUUACCACAUCAGGUUAUGCCUCGUUCACACGUGUUGCAUCUGUGUGUCAUCCGUUUUUGACUGAUGCUGCCCAACUGAAAAUGAAUUUCCAUAGCAGCUCCUUACCAGCAGUCCGUGAAAAAGGGAUGCAACAUGGAUGCCAUCCAUAUUGUGCCCGUGAUUUUCAAUGGACGUGUUUGGUCCACAUCACGGACCAAUGCAGUGCAUGUUUCAGUCAUUUAUUUUCUCACUGACCCUCAGUCAGUAAAAAAAUACUGUUGUGUGUGUGUGAACAAACUUUGAAAAUGUGAACGAGGCCUUAAAAGCUGUUUUACACGGGGCAAUGAUCAACCAAACUUUCUCUCCUGACAAUUGCCCGGUUUAGGCAUACCCUCAGAUCAGCGUCCAGAUAAGCAAAUGUUUGUGGUUGAUUGCAUCUUUUAUGCGGCAAAAAAAUAAUCUUUUGCCUGCAGAACGUCGCCUCAUGAAAACAGGAGAUGUGCUGCCAGAAAUCUGCAAACCAUGACCAAUCAACAAACGUAUUAGCAGUAGGAUGAUGGUGCAAGUGAUCGGCGUGCCAUUUUGUCAAUUAGCUUGUUUCCUGCCAGAUAAUCGGCCCAUGUAAAAGGACUGUAAAAGCGUUCCUGUCACAGUAUACAUGCUGUCUGAUCUGCAGGAGCACGUUGUAGAGCACAUGAUCUAAACAGAUUGAUAAACUGAUGAUCCAGAAAUUUAAGAUAAAUCCACUUGUUUUCAAUUUGGAGUUUAGAGUCGCCAUACUUUGACAUCAUUUUACUUAAUAGAGAAUGAUGUAACUAGCAAAUUUUCAAAAAAACGUCAUUUAAAAAAAUAUUCCUGCAUCAACCUAAAAAAAACUGUAAAGUCAACUUAAAGUCAAACUUCCAUGUCAUUUGAAGUCCACUGCCAGUUUUUUGGGAAGAUCAAUCCCUAGUAAAAGAGACCUAGAAGACAGCUCACAGGAAAUAGGGUCUUGUCAAAGCUAGCCGAGAUCCUGAGCCUGAUUAAAACUGCUUCUUCACCGCUUUUAAAGGGAACCUGUCACCUCCGAAAUGCAUGUAAACCCGCCAGCAGGACCUCAGGGUAGCUCGCAGUGUGAUACUAAUCAUACUUUUCAUCCUGCAGUCCGGUGCUGCAUAAGGACAUGGGAUCGCGCAGUAAAACAGAGGGCACCGCACAUGCGUGAGACUUGGGAAAGCAAAGCCGAAUUGCAGGCUGUCACUCAAAGGCAAAUGGGGGCAGUGGUUACCUUGACUUGAAGCAUAGAGGCCGCUGCCCCGUUGACUUCAAGCUGACAUGCAAAUUAGCACGGACAGAGGAUAAAAGAUAGUUUUCUGACCUUAUGCAGCAUCGGGCUGCAGGAUGACGAGUAUGAUUAGUAUCACACUGCGGGCUACCCUGAGGUACUGCUGGCGGGUUUACAUGCAUUUAGGAGGUGACUGGUUCCCUUUAAUGAUUAUAAGAACCCCCUGUGUGUCUCCAAGCGGGAUUUCCCCCUACUUAUCUGUUCUGUGAGUGCCACAGCAGGCAGUCACAACAGUACAGUGCUGACAGAUUCUACAAAAGGGAUACACCCCCUGCUUCUGAAUGAAAUGCAUAUAGUUGUGCAGCUGAAACAGAUAAUAUAGGUGAAAGAUAUUAAGGAAGCCCAAAAAAGACCUAUUCAUUCACAGUUAUCAUUGUACAAAGAAGCACAAGCCAUAAUACAAUUUUUAAUUUUUUUUUGUAAUCUACAUGAUUAUCAGAGUUGCUUCAUUUAUUUUAUAUUUGAUUUUAAAAACCAUUUAAGGGUACAGACACGUGUGGUGUAAAUGUUUUCCACAGCAGAAUUGUGUAGAAAAUCUUAGCACCAAAGUGGAUGAAAUUGAAAAUAAUCUGCAGCAGAAAUUUUAAAUCCCCAGCAUGUCGGUUUAUGCUGUGGUUUUUCGCCCUUUACAGUGCACAGGGAGAAAUCUGCAACAAAACCGAAGCAAAAUCCACAACUGUGUGAACUUUUUUCGCGGUGUGUAGAUGAGAUUUCAUAAAUCUCAAUCAUUUUGCUUCUACUGUAAAACGCUGCAGAUUUACCCCAUGCAAAUUCAGGGGCGGAAGAUUUGCAGCGUAUCCAUCCACUAUGGACAUACUGUAACGGAAUCAAAAUCCCAUUACCAGCAGUGCAAGACACAAAAUUGCCUUUCAUAUUUGCAUCAUAUAUGAUCAAGUAUUCUGAAUAUGAGAUUUUGUAAGUAAAAAAAUACAGGAUGUGUUUUUACUGCUACAGGAAAUCCGAGUAAAACUGUAGGAUGUACAGUUAUCUGGCAAUAAUUUAAAGUGUACCUAAACUUUUGAAUAUACUGUAUUUUCUGUACUAUAAGACAUACUUUUUAGCAAGAAAAAGUGCCUGCGUCUCACAGUCCGCAGUCAGGAUGAUCCAGCAGUGCCAGACCUCCCUGACUGCUUCUGCACUCAUACAGCGCUCUGCUGGAUCAGAGAGAGAGUUGUGCACACUUCUGUCUCCCUGCCGGACAUUGAUCUGUGGGAGAGGAGGCUAAACCAUGGGUUAGCAUGUGCAGCACAGUAAAGGACUGUGAAAGUAAAAAACAAAAACAAAAAAAAACUCUAAGCUGCAGUUACUGAGAUGAAACUGCAGCUUAAGGACCUUCUAUGAUGUCAUCGGUGGGCGGAGUGAGACAAAAUGCUGAAAAAACGAGUUUUUACUAAAGAUUUACCCUAUGUCUGUGUGUGUGACCGCAUGGACUAUGUUUGUGUGCGUGUAGCAGAAUUGUGUGUGUGUGCGCAUGUGUCAAAGAGUUAUAUUUUAUAAUUUUCUGUUGUCUAAACCUUGGAUGCAUCUUGUAGACUGGAAAAUACGGUACUUUAACUAUUCUAAAUGCCAUAAAAUUAAUAAUACACUUUUUAUUUUUCACAUUUUCCUUACGAAAUAGACAUGUGCCUAUAGCGCGUUGGAAUCUGUAUACUUGUACCAUAUACAGGCAGGAGCAAGCAUUGCUGUUCCUGUCAGCACCAACUCCGUUCUUCUCAAAGCUGGAACAGUGGUGUGUGCUCCUGCCCGUACAUCGCUCCCUGCGGCCCCACAGUGGAGUCCGUAGCACUUUUUACAGCCCUAUAGGCACAUGAAAGUAGAGUACCUUUUUGUAAGAAAAAUAAAAUGCAUUAUAAAUAUAAAUUUUAUGGCAUUAGAAUAGAUUUUGAAAAGUAUAUUCAAAAGGUACACUUUAACAUCAGCUCUUUAUCAUCAGUUUUAUGAAAUGUGAAAUUAUUUAUAAAUCUUACCACUUUAUCAUUUUAUAAUCUAUCUUUUCUAUGUGUAAUGCAUUUGAAUUAUGAAUUAGAUGUUGCAAAAUGAUCUCUGUAUCAUAGCAAAUUUUGCAUGUAUUAAAAGAAAAUACUUUUUGUAUGUGUUUUGUCUAUUGUAUAACAUUUAAUAAGUGGCAAAACUUAUUCUUGAAUUUUUAUUUUUUUUAAACUUUGUUAUAGCAUUUAACAUGUAUUUGGCCCAAUAUUUGGUAAAUUGUGAUAGAAACAAACCUAAAAUUUAAUUGGACAACCAUUUGUUUUAUACACAAUAAAGGUAAUUUACACAGAAGUAAAAGGUACUUGUAUGCAUCUUUAUUUGUGGAGAUUUUCCCCAUUGUCCUUUUGGGUUGGCAAUACUAC